GGGGCCAGGCGGGGUAUGCAGGCGUAAGUGUGAAGUGGAAGAGAGUCGCCGGCCGGCCGGCAGGAGCACCCGCCUGCGCGCUGCGGGGUUUAGCCGUCGGGGUCCGUCCCCGGGUACCCGGGCGCUGGCCCCUGCGUCUCCGGCUUGGUACGCGCUGCGGGGUCCCAGGGCUUCCGGAGGCCAAAGAGGGCUUCCGGAGGCGGAGGGUCGCUCCCUCGUGUCGGUGGCGCCUCCCGGCCGCAGGGGGCACCCUGAGCGCCGCCGCUGACCCUCCGGCGGCUGCUAGGCUGCCAUUUAGUGCAAGGGGCUGAUUGGUGGGGUCCGGACGAGGAGAGUGUCAGGUGUCGCCGCGAUUGAGUCCCGGAGGGCGGACCCCGCGAGACUCUCAACGCCGAUAGGUCCCCGACGCACCGGAAAUGCCUCCGCACCGGACAGAACAGACAGCACUCAAACGCCGGGGGCACAGCUCAUUGGGCAGGAGCUAGAGGCGUGUCUCAGCCUACUCGGUGGUUGGGCGCGGGCCCAGCAGAGGCGGCACCUGAACGGUGACUGGACGGGGGGACGCAGUUCUCGCGGGGAUUGGACGCGAGGACGCGGCGGCGGCGGCGGCGCGCAAUCUGAGAAAGGCGGGAGGAGGCUGCAUGGGGCGGCGGCGUCGCAGGGUGGACCCGGCGGACGCGGCCCGGGCCCUGCCUGAGGCCAUCGCCGCGUUGAGUCAGAUGCUGCCCGCCGGACCCAGCCCCGAGACCUUCCGCCGCGCCAAGUUCGACCGUCCGGAGGCGGCCCCCGCGCUCUGGCGGCUGCUCUUCCGCGUGCUCUCGCCGCAGCUGGCCGACGGCGCCUCGGCCUCAUUCUCCCUGGAGGCCCAGGUCCGCUCUGUGAAGUUGGCGCUGCGCACCCAGGGCUACCCUAGGCGGGCCCUGGCCCAGCUCCCGGACGACGGCUCCCAGGGCAGCCGCGAGCUGCUGCUGGCCCUGGCCUGGCUCCUGGCCCGCGGACCCCUGCCCGAGCGGCUGCUGACCCAGAACCGCGUGCAGCUGGGCGACGAGAUGCCUGUGUGCGAGUGCGAGGCCCUGGCCAGCCCUGGCCCUCCUGCCCCCAGCGUGGAAGCAGAUGGCUGUGUGGACAUCCGCCACCUGCAGUGGCUGAUGGGAAAGCUGCGGUUCCGGUGGCGAAACCUGAUGGCCAGUCAACAGGAGCAGUGCGCCCUCCUGGGCAAGAUCCACUCAUAUACCCGUGGCUGCCACAGCGACCGCAGCCUUGGCCACCUGUCUGUCACCGAAACGGAGCUGCUCAGAGACCCAGAAGGUGGCCGGCAGCUGCUGCGGAGGCUGGAGAGGGAGAACGCGCGGCUGCAGGCGGCCCUCCAGUGGCGUCGCCGGGAGCUGGUCUUCUGGCGGUGGAUGGACACGGUCCUGGGCGCCUGCCCCCCUGAGGCCUCACAGCCCACGUGUCUGCCCAGGAUUCCCACGCCAGGGGCUGGAGCGUUGGAGCCCCUGGUGCAGGAGCUGCAGGCCCUGCAGGGAGAGCUGCGAGAGGCGGUGGAGGCCCGGCGGGCGGCCUGGGAGGCCGGGGUCGGAGGCCGUGGGCCCGAGUGGAGCGCUGCGAGGACGGCCUUGCGGGAGGCCGUGGGUCAGGACCUGGCGGCUCUGCGGCGGGUCUGUGAGCGAGGCGGCGGCGGUGGCUGCGGCCUGGCCCAGCUCCACGGGCCCCACCGGCUGGUGAGGACUGAGGCUGGGGCGCCCGGGGGCCCAGGCCUGCGGGCCCCUGAGGUGAUUGAGGCGCUGAGGAGCCGGGAGGCCCACCUGGAGGUGGUGCUGCGCCAGCUCCAGGGCCAAUGUCGUCAGGAGCUCGCCAGGCUGGCGGGAGCCCCGCCCGGCCCCGUCUGGAUCCUGCCACCUGGACGCUGAUGCUCCCUUCUCCCAGGGGCACGCCCAUCAGCCUGGCUGCGCCUCGGAGGGGCAGAUUCCAGGCCGGGUCGC